AUGUCAAACAGUAGCACCCACUGGGAACGUUCUAUUUUCGAUAUCUCUGAGUUUGAUGAUGAAGUUGUAGUGGUAGGAGGAAGCAGUCCGCUUGUGCUUCUGACAUUCUUGAUCUCUGUCUGUAUCGUACUCUGUUUCAUUGUGUAUAUAUUAUACAAAAAACACAAAACAAGUGACACAACAUCCGAACAGGCACAACCGACAAGUGACAGCAACCACCCCACGCCAACAACACCAACGCUGAACAACCCCCAUUUCUCGCCAGCAUCCAUCUACCACAAGGUCCUUCACAACAGUUUAUUCAAUAACGACUCCAAUACCAUCACCCCCGAACAAUUAUUGGCCGUUCGGAGAGAAAUUAUGAAUUUCGAUGCAGCCACUUCGCAGUCCUCAGAGUUGGCGGGAAAUCUCGUAACCACAACAACCGUAAAAAAUGUGGACAGUGUUGAGGUGAGAAAUGCCUCGCUUUCAACUCCACCUGGAAGGAAUAGUAUGAUGUUGAAAAGCUCGAAUACUCGGAAGGAAGGCUCCAUAGCAUCAUCACCAGGAAGUUUUUCGAGUAGUAAUAAUAAUAAUAGAAUGGACGACUUGAGUUUUGUUGAAGAGAACAAGCGACCCAGUGCUGAUCGGGGAUUGAUCGAUGAUGAACAUGAUAGUAUAGAGAGCAUCACGACAAGUACUAUUUUUAGAGGAGAUGAUGAGCAAGCAACGCGUUCAAAUUCGGAACCGAAUUCUGAAUCCAUGAGAAAAUAUAGAGCCUCAAUGAGAAUUGCAAUGGAACAUCAAGCAAAUGCAGUGGGAGAAUUGGAAUCUCUCAUUGAACAUAUGAUUACGACAAAACAUAAUUAUGGAGAAUCUUUACAAUUUUUAUUGAUUAACUUUGCUGUAAAAAUUUAUCACCUGCUUGUUGCUCUCAGAGUUGACUACAACAAACUCAAGAAUGACUAUUCAAAAAUGGUGACUGUAUUGAAAGAUACUUUCACACAAUAUACACAUGAAAGUGCAAAAGCUCUCAUGAACAAUAACUCUCUAAUUGUUAAAUUAGAGAGCCAAUUAGAACAGAAAGAAUUGAAGGCAGAGACGUUGAAUAAUCAACUCACGUUUAAAGAAAAAGAAAUUGAUAUUCUUAAAGAAUCGCUUUCAACCAAACAAAUAGAAAUCAACAAUUUACAACAACAGCUCGCAGACGAAAGAAAUAGAGUAUUUGAUCGAAUUGAAAAAAGUAGUUUGGAAUCUUCCAAGUUUCAUGAGCAAAACAAAGAGCUGAUUGAAUCUCAUCGAAAGCAAUUGUCAGAUUUGGAAAAUAUGUAUCAAUCUAAAAUCUAUUCUCUUCAACAGUCUCAACAAAAAAUAAGCUUCGACAAUGAACAUUUGCAGAAAUCGUUAAGUAAUACAGAAAAUCGCCUGAAAGAUUUGCAGGAACAAUGCAAUGUAUUCAAGAAGGAAAGAGAUGACUCAAAUACAUCUCUUCAAGCUGCUUCUGAAAAUAUUCGUAAUCUCGAGUCCCAGUUGAAGGAAACAAAGCAAGAAAAGGACAAGGAAAUUUCAUUAAUAACUUCCAAAUUAGAAUCUGUUCAACAACUGUUUUUACAGAACCAAAAAGUUAUCAAAGAUUUGGAAGAACUCAAAAACAGUCAUUCACAAUCAAAAUUAACCCAUCAAGAAGAGCACGCUCUUGAGCUGAAUAGGUUAAGCCAACAAAUUACUGAAAAAGAGGAGAUUAUAAAAGGUCAGAACAUUCAAUGCAGGUCACUGGAAGAGAAAGUGUUGCAAUUAACAUCUGAUUUUAAGCAAAAGACUGUAGAGUUGGAAGAGACAAACAAAAAGUUGAGCUGGUUGCAACAAGAGUUGGAAAAUUACAGCAAGUCGUCAAAGGAUCUUGCAUCAAAAUGUGAGGAAAAAGAUCUUACAAUCGCCAAGCUCAACAAUGAAAUCAAGUUUCAAAAUGAAAAACUCCAAUAUGAAAUGGACAAACGAAAGACAGAAAAUAAUGAGAAGGAUGGCAAACUUCACGACCUUCAAAAUAGAGUUCAAACCUUGGAGACUGAGCUAAGAGAUUUCACUCACAAGUACGAAAAUUCUAGAAUGAAACUAGAACUCUCCGAAAAGAAAAACGAAGAGUUGACUUUGGAUCAAAACCGAAUGAUAGAAGAGUAUAACAAACAGAAAAAAGAACUGCAAGCAGAAGUAGAAAAAUUGAAUGAAAAACUUCACCAAGGUUUGGAAAAGAAUCUUUCUAUAGAGAGAGCACACUUAGAAAAAGUUCAAGAGUUGAAGGACAAAAUUGUGAAUCUCGAAAUUGAAAAUCGUGCACUUGUUAGCCAAUUACAAGAAACGAGAAAAUCUCUUGAAAAUUUGUGUUCACAAAAAGAACAAACGACCAAAACAUUAGAAGAGAGAAAAACUGAGAUAAGCCAAAAUCUGUCAGAAAUUCAAGAGAAGAACAGACAAUUGGAAAAGUUGAAUAAGAAGCUCUCUAAGAAAGAUCACGAGAUUAGUUCUCUAAAAUCUGAAAAAGAAAUAUUAAAACAGAACCUCAAAGAGAAGGAAAUUCUCCUUAAAGAAAAUGAGUCUAAACUGGUGUCGGUACAAAAUGAAAUCGAAGAAAAAGAGAAAAAUAUGAAAACAUUGCUCAAAGAGCGAGAAAAGCAGGAAAACGCUAUUGAACAGUUAAAUAGAGAACUUCUAACUCUGACCCAGACCAAUAUUCAGUCACAAAAGGAUUUAGAACAAUUGAACAAUGUUAUUCGUGAAAAAGAGGAACUAAUAACCAAGAAGCAACAAUCAAUCACAGAGUUGGAGAAGCAGAAUAACAAUUUUACUCAAAAAGAGAAAAAACUUUCUGCCUCUGUUGAAAACCAAAAAUUGGAAAAUGAAAAUCUAAAACAUCAGUUAGAAAAGAAAGAAGAAGACCUCAAGAAUUUGAAAGAUGAGCUCUUGAAGUCCACAACGAGCACGCACGCUCUGGAACAAAUUAAAAUUGAAAUGGAGAAGAAACUAGUUGAAAACUCCAAAGAAAUGGAAAAUGCUCAACAGAUGUUGAAACAAGUACAAGAAGAGCAUGAAAAACUGACAUCGACUCACCAAAACGCUCUCAAAGAUAUUGAAAAUUUGAAUAUUCAGGUUCAAGAGUUAAAGUCAAUGUUAGACACGAAAAUACAAGCCAUCUCUAACUUGGAAAAGACAAAUAGCGAUUUAACUGAGAAACACGAAACUGAAACGUCGACAUUCAAGACAAAAAAACAAGAAAUAUUGACACAAGUUGAGCAGCAGAAAAAAGAAAUUGAAAUUCUGAAGAAUAAUUUGUACAACAAAGAAUCAGCUCUCAAUCAAGCAAUUGAGCAACAACGCUCGCUCGAAAACUCAAAAACUCAAUUAGAGCAACAAGUUGAAACGUUGUCUCAUGAUCUACAAAAUGUGAAAGAAUCCCUUGCUACUUUACGAAGAGAGAACGAGAGAUUAAUUACUCAGCAUCAGAAUUCUCUAGCGGAGUUCGAAGAGCACAAGAAUAGCGCAGAAAAGCAAAUACAUGAGCUAUCCAAAGAGAAGGACAGUUUCGCUUAUGAGAUCAGCGAACUGAAACACAAAUUACACGAAAGAGAGGAGCUAUUCAAAUACCAAGAAAAUCAUCACAAAGAAUUACAAGAAAAGGUUAUGACCACCACAGUCGAGUUGACAUCCAUAACCAAAGAUUAUGAACACAAUCAACAACAAGUUAUUCGUUUAGAAAAAGAGUUGGAACAGCUCAAAAAUGAAAAGAAUGAACUAUCCAAGACAAUCAACGAAAAAGAGAAAGCGUUUGAGAAACAAAAUUCCGAGCUACUGAUACUCCAAGAAAAGCUUGCCAAUUCUAGGAAGGAGAUUGAAACUCUCAAAAAGGAAGUCAAUUCGAAGGAUACGAAACUUUAUGAGACUUCUGAAAGAGUUCGAAAAUUGGAGUUGGAUCUCAAAGAGGCACAAAACAAAUUGGAUACAGCUUCAAAACAAAUGGAAGCAGAAAAAAGUGCUCACUGUGAAAUGCUACAAAAACAAAAAAUAGAGCUCGAAAAUGAAAUUUCUAACUUAACAGAGCAAUUUAACAAACAAAAAACAGAUAUGGACAAGAAUCUAAAUGAUUUGUUACAAAAGAAUGACACUUUGAAGAAAGAAAGAUCUGAAAAAGAAAUUCAGCUGCACAAUCAGGAUAAAAAGAUCAAAGAACUUCAACAAUCAUUGCAAGCUCUCGAAAAACAAGUCUCUGAAACAACCUUAGAAUACGACAAUUUACAAAAAUUGUAUGAAGAGGAGAAGAGCAAGUACUCUCAACUUUUAAACAGCAAUACUGCUCAGCUACAAAAGAUUAUAGAACAGAUGGAGAAAGAAAAAGAGUCUCACAAUCAUGAACUUCAACUAGUUAAACAAGAAUUUAAAGAUUUGGAGCAAAAAUUGCAACAAGAAAAGGAUGAUCUCAAGGAACAGCUUAAUACAUCAUCUGUGGAACUAAAAUCGAAGCACCAAGAAUUAGAGUCACAAAAUAUGAAAACGAAAAUGCUCCAAGAAGAACUUGAAAAACGCAAGUCUGAAGUGGAAGAGCUGCAAGAACAACGCAAAAGUCAACUACAAGAUUAUUCCAAGUUAACACAAGAGUUGACAGCUAUGAAAGAGAACCAUCACGAGAAAACUUUAGAGCAUGAACAGUUCAAGAGCAUCAUCGAGAAUAACCUAAAGCAAAAAGAAACCCAAAUAACUCAACUUGAAACACAGAUGAAUGCAAAGAGCCAAGAAAUUUCAGAGUUGACUCAGACUCUAAAGUCGAAGAAUGAAGAUAUUUUCUCCAUGCGUGGCUUGUUAACAGAUAUUGGUCGAAAAUUGAACUUUAAUCUCCAAACGAAUGCAAAAGAAGUUUCAUCCUUUAAUGCUCUUUUAGGUGAAAUUGAUAAGACUCUAGAGUCUCAAAAAGUAUUGUCACAACAGUUGCAAGAAGCUGAAAAAGCGGUUGCAUCUACGAAACAAGAGCUUGAGAAAAGUAACAAGAAGAUCAAAAAAGCAAUGGAUAAACAGAGUACACUCAAGCAACAACAUGACAAUUUAAACGAACAACACAAGAAACUUUUAGAGAAUGAAUCUACAUUGAAAAAGGAUUUGGAAGAGAGCAGCAAGCAAAUCAGCGACCUUAAUAACCACAUCACCACUCUUCAUAGCAAGAUUAAGAACUUGGAAAACGCUCUUUCCAUAGCCAAUCAAGAGAAGAACGCAUUACAUCAAGAAAUGGAGAAGAAAGGAAGAGAAAACGCAGAACUCCUCAAUGCAGAAAGAGAGAAAAACAACAAGGAGGUUGAAAAGUCUAAAAACCUAAUGCAAGAGCUUGUAAGCAGCAAACAAGAGCUUGGAAAGGCAUCGAAAGAACUUGCUACCUUGCGUGAAAACAAUGACCAGUUGAAUGAAUCUUUACACGUUGCCGAAUCAAAUUCUUCCAGAAACAUUGAUGAGCUAAAGAAACGCUUGAAAGAAAGAGACGAUACGAUUCAACACCUAGAAGAGGAAAAGCAAACAACUGUUGCCAACUAUAUUUCACAACUUCAGGGAGUACAAGAGGGUAAAAAUCUGGCAGAAGUUAGACUGGAAAAACUGGAAGAACUAAACCAUCAAAACCUCUUAACGAUCAACAAUCUCAAAAAAGAACGCGAUGAUUUGAAACAAGAUGUUGCACAACUCAAAGUGGAAAUUAGCACUCUAGAAAACAAACCCUUCGUUUGUGAAAAAUGUGGAUCUUUGGAGAAGAAAUUGCAUGACCAUGAGGAACUUCUAAAGAAAGUCACUCUCGAAAAGGAGCAAGAAAAGAGUGUGCACGCCAAAGCAACUAUUUCUGCAAUUCAACACUUUGAACAGCGUCUCAACUCUGAAAUUUCUCAAAGAUAUCAAUCCUAUGAAACAAAGAUCACUUCUCUCUCAACCAAACUGAACAUUUUGGAGAAAAAAUUGUCUCUGCUCAAGAAGCCCAAAGAACAACAGAAGGAAGAAAUUAUUCCACCAAGUACACCAAAGAAGGAUGAGCAUGAUGCUGCCAUAAAAUUCAUGGAAAUGAUGACAGAAGUCGGAUUCACCUAUGCAAAAGAAGACUAUGACAGAAUGAGAGGAAAAUCAAUUUUUUCACUUCUCAGAACAGGCAACAAAUUGUCAGGUGAAAAUUCUGAACAAUUUUAUUCUCAAGAAUUAGAUUUUGCUGAGAAAGCUCUCUCCAAAUGGUUGGUGCAAUUAGUGAAGGAUGAUUUCCAACAAGAUUUAUCGCUAUAUCAAAAUUUAAUGGAUGGUGUCAUUUUGUGUAAAUAUGCCAACACAUUAUUCCCAGAAAUUGAACCAUGUAAAAAGUUAAAAGAAGAAAUCAAAAACAAUCAAGACGCCAUUGGAAAUAUUGGACUUUACUCUAAAUUCUGUAAGGAUGUUGGAAUUCAAUCUGUGUUCGAAUAUGACUCGCUAGAAGAUGCAUCCAAUGACAAAAAGAAUAUCAAAGAAAGAAGUUUAAUUGUUAGCAAUUUAGCAUUACUGUUCGAGCUUUCUGUCAGGUGCUCAGAUCCAAAAAAGAGAAGCAAGUAUUUGAAGUCUCUUCAACAACAUGCAAGCCAUUAUGCUGAAUCACCAAUCUCUGCACGAGGAGGUGGUCUUUCAGCAAGAAGAACCAAUAGCUUCAAAUUAUCCAAUCUUCCCAUUAUUGCCAUGACAAGUGUCGAAGCAGCCAAUGAUGGUUCCAUAACAGACAGAAAAAAGAAUAUUGAAAGCAUCAGAUCGAGUCGUUCCAAAGCAUUUGAGCAUGCCACAUCAAAGACUAAAGUAUCAGGCGCUGAAGAAGAAAAAUACUUUAAGGAAACACUGACACACAUGUUAGAACUUCCAUCAAGAGAUGUGAAAUUGUUGGAUUUAAUUGAGGAUGGAACCAUGUUAUGUCUAUUGAUGAACAAAUAUUAUGGAGACAAUACGUGUAAAUUCAAGAAACGCCCAAACAAGUUUGAGAAGAGUGGAAAUAUUACAAACUUCAACAAUGCUGUCCACAAAUUAAUUCCUACCUCUGCCAACACCACUUGCACACAUGAAGAAAUUGAAAAGGGAUCGAUGAAAAAUGUAUUUUCAAUGCUACGUUUUGUCAUUGAUGAUUUAGAAAAGCAAGGCAGAAUUUCACUUGCUCCCAAUUCUGAAUCUAACCAAUGGAUGCAAAAGAUUCAACAAAUCGAUCAAAUUGAAGGAUGUACGAGUCCAUAUCCAACAUCUUCCUUCUCAUUAAGUCCUGGAACUGAAGAGCGAGCUGCCAUGAACAAUUCAUUCAAAAUCUCGAAUUCCUUUAUGGACAAGGCCAUGACAAACAAACCAUCCACAAACACUCUCCAAAUUCCAAUCACGAAUGUAUUCUUUAGUGCACUUUCUAAGAAAGUGGAAAGUGAAGGAAACUUGUUACAAGAGAACACUUCUGGCGGAGAGGCAAUUCCUCUCUCCGCAAGAACACCAAAGAGUUCCAGAUACGAAAAAAACUUUGAGAAUGCAGUGAAUGACGUGAUAUUCCCUCCAAAACGUUCACCAUCUCGAAAAGGAUCAUUUGCAGGCGUCAAUCGUCAUUCACCACCUCAACAAGAAACGGAAUCAAGUCCACGACGAAUUUCAAGUGUCACAACUCCUAAUAGUAGCCCAAGAAAUCCACUCCUCUCCAAUGUCACAGAACCAAAUAGUCCAAAAGGACGUGCUCGAUCAAAUACAGGAAGUCCAAGAAGACUUUAUUCACCAAGUCCCAUUCAGCCAGUCUUUUCAACGACGCUUCAUUACAAUACUCACCCUCCUGUUGCCACUUAUAGCUCUGGUGACGAUGGUGAUUCUGAGGAAGAAGAUAGUUUGGAAUCUCUCAUUGAAGUGAUGAAAUUAUGUCAAUCUGCGUCUGACAGUACCGACAUUCAAUUCAGUGCUUACUUUGAUGAUGCACAAUCCUUCUUUGAAACUCGCGAACAAAAAGAAGAAUUUAUGGAACAAUUUGAAGGAGGUAACUUUAAAUGUUUGGAUUUCUCAAAUUGUGCCAAAUACAUGGACGAGAAUGUUUUUUGUGAGAUCUUCCAACGAUUGCGAAAUAAUAAGCAUUUGAAGAUCCUCAACUUGAGUGGAAAUGCUCAGGUCAUUUCAAGUGAUUCCAUUAAGGAUUUACUCACAGGUGCCAUGACUCUUGAUAAGAUUGUCCUUAAGCAAUUCACUUCCAUUUGGACGCAAGAACAAAUCGAGUCGAUUCGAACAAUUUGUAAACGAAAAGCAAUUAAACUCGAAUUACAGUAA